AGAACUGUCAUGGCGGCGCCGUAUGAGCAGCAGUAAGGUGCCACUCAGUGCAAUGACAUCUGUAGAGAUUUAUUCUCUUAUAUUUACUCUCUUUGCGCUUCCCCUGAGGCUAAACGCUGAACUGAUGCUGCUGCAGUUUAGCCUUAAAACGCAGAUAUAAAGUGUAUUACAGAACAGCAAUGAAGAGAAUGGUGGCCUUGGUCAGAUGGGCUUCAUCAGCUCAUAUUAUUGAUGUUCCCAAACUUCCUGUUGUCUGUCGAUGCACUACAUGGACCCCUGCACCUCCCUACACCCAUCAUGUACGAUACCUGGCUACUCAUAAGGGAAAAGGACAGUACAAAGACAAGAAGACAAACAAGAAACCUGUAAAAACUGCGAAACACGAGAAGCAGGAGAAGCAGGAGGUGGAGAUCAGACAGCUGAUGACCGUAUCUGAACUUGCUCAGGCCAUGAAUAAAGACGUGGAUGAUGUGUAUGAAGCCCUGCUUAAUGAGGUGGAUGUGGAGCCGGACACUGUUCUGGAGGACAAAUGGAUAAAAGAGGCAGUAAAGAAAUGUGGGAUGAAAUACAGAUGGGCCAAAAUUGCAGAAACCAAAGAGAAAGAAAACAAAGACGUCCAGAGACAACCUCCUCCAGAUCCUGUCUGUUUAGUGAACAGACCUCCAGUAGUGACUAUUAUGGGGCACGUGGAUCAUGGGAAGACCACGCUGUUGGACAGCCUGAGGAAGAGUCAGAUUGUGGCACAAGAGUUUGGAGGAAUCACGCAGCACAUUGGAGCUUUUCUAGUCCAGUUGCCCUCGGGUGAGAUGAUCACAUUUCUGGACACUCCUGGUCAUGCAGCAUUUUCAGCCAUGAGAGCCCGUGGAUCCCUGGUUACUGACCUCAUUAUUCUGGUUGUUGCCGCUGAUGAUGGAGUGAUGAAGCAAACCAUUGAAUCUAUAGAGCAUGCCAAGAAAGCCAAAGUGCCAAUCCUAGUUGCAGUGAAUAAAUGUGAUAAGCCUCAGGCGGACCCCCAGAGGGUGAAACAUGAACUGCUGGCUCAUGAUGUUGUGUGUGAAGAGUUCGGAGGGGAUGUUCAAGCCAUCCACAUAUCUGCUUUAAAGGGUGAGAAUCUCUUGGAGCUGGCUGAAGCCACAGUAACGCUGGCUGAGAUUCUGGAGCUGAAGGGUGACCCCUCAGGCCUGGUCGAGGGCACCAUUAUAGAAAGUAAAACAGACAAGGGCAAAGGGCCUGUUACUGCAGUGAUCGUACAGCGAGGCACGGUGAGGAAGGGCUGUGUGCUGGUCGCAGGAACAGCCUGGGCUAAAGUGCGUCUGCUGUUUGAUGCGAACAGUAUAGCGGUGAAGGAGGCGGGGCCAGGCAUGCCGGUGGAGAUCGUUGGUUGGAAGGAGCUGCCUAAUGUUGGUGAGGAGAUCCUGGAGGUGGAGUCAGAGAGCAGGGCUCGUGAGGUGGUGGAGUGGCGCAAAUACGUGGAGGAACAGAACAAGCUGAAAGAGGAUCAGAGGGUGAUCGAGUCCAAACAGGAAGAGCACAGAGAGAGCUACCAAAAAAAUCGAGAGAAACUGGCUCAUCUCAAAUGGAAGAAGAGAAGAGCUGUUCAAUACCAGGAGUACAAACUUUGCAUAGCCAACAGACCCAUCCAAUCCAAAGAAACUAAACACCCCAGUCUGUCCCUGAUUAUUAAAGGUGAUGUUGAAGGCUCAGUGGAGGCCAUUCUGAACAUCCUUGACAGUUAUAACACAGAGGAACAAUGUCAAAUGGAGAUAGUGUAUUUUGGUGUUGGGGACAUCUCAGAAAACGAUGUUAACUUGGCGGAGGCAUUCUCAGGAAUAAUAUACGGCUUCAACGUUUCUGCUAAUAAAUCGAUACAGGACAUGGCGGCAAAGAAGAAAAUACCUAUAAAUAUGCACCGCAUCAUCUACCGUUUGAUAGACAACCUGAAAGAGGACCUUAGCAGCCAACUUCCCACAACCACUGAAGAGAAUAUAAUCGGUGAAGCUACAGUUCUGGCCACAUUUGACGUGACCGUAGGAAAGAAGAAGCUCCCAGUGGCCGGCUGCAGGGUGCAGAAAGGACAGCUGGACAAAAAGAUGAAAUUUCGACUCAUCAGAGGAAGAAAUAUUGUCUGGGAAGGAUCUCUGGUGGCACUAAAACACCACAAAGACGAUGUACAGUCAGUGAAGACAGGGAUGGAAUGUGGACUCUCUCUGGACAAUCCCGUUGAAUUUAAUGUUGGAGACGUAAUUUUCUGUUAUGAAGAAACUGAGAAACUUCAGAGAAUAUCGUGGGAUCCAGGAUUUUAAGGGGCUGUGCUGAAAUCCUCGGUCUCAAAGAGACCAAUACUUCCACUAAUGCGCUACAGCUGCACCACUGGUGUUGUAGGUUGUUCACAUCUUAUACUUUUCUUAAGAUUUGAAUAAUCUAUUUAGAUUAGUCAAAGAAAUAUACAUCUGUCUUAUAAAUGUAUCCAGACAUAAUCCAGGCAAAUUCAUAAUAUAAACCGUGUUUAAACUGGGUGUAUGGCAGAAUUUCAUUUAGUAAAACUAACUAGAACAAACCACCACAACAUGCAAGUGAUUAUUGCAGACAUUCAACUCUUAUUUUGCAAUUCUGUGCAAUCCCUCUCGUUUAUUGUGCAGCAAUGUUUGUGCAAUUGUUGUAGAAAAUGUUGUAAUGAAAU